AUGGCUGACCAAGAGACAAUUCGAUCACGAACAUUGAAAAAAUACCAGGAAAUCAACGAACAACUACGCGAAUUUCUCAAAGGUAUCCUUCAAUUGGAAAAAACAUCAUCAUUCCAUGAUCAAGUCCAGUCGAACUCAACUGAUAGUGGUGGAGUAUCGUUAUUAUCGAUAAAGAAUGAUUUACUUCUUCAAUAUUUGAUAAAUCUCGUAGCAGUCAUGUCUCGCCGAUCAACACCAGAUCAAACAUUAACAUCGGCAUCAACUCGUUCGACGAUAUUACGUCUUUGUGAAAUACGCACGUUUAUCGAAAAGAUUCGUCCGAUUGAACAAAAAUUACAAUAUCAAUUGGAUAAAUUACUUAAAACGAAUGUCGAUCAACAACUAACCUUUCGUGCUAAUAUGGAAAAUUUCGAUCAAGAUGUCAAUGGAAAUCAAGAAGCAAACGAAAAUAAAACCGAAGGAGAAGAAGAAGAAGAAGCGAAAGCGAAAAUCUAUCGUCCACCGAAACUUGUGCCAGUUGAAUAUAACGAAGAUUUCGAUGAUAAGAAAGAAAAAGGAACUGUUAACAAGCGUCUUGAACAUUUGAAACGACGCGCUUAUCAUUCUGAUAUCUUACAAGAAUAUAAAGAACGAUACUCCGAUGCGCCGGAAGAAGUUUACAAUAGCGAACGAAGUCGUUUUACUCAACAGAAUCGUGCUUAUAAAGAGAAAAUCGCGUAUGAAGAAGAAUAUCUGAAACGUUUACCACAAACCAAACGCGAACGUUUACUAUUGCAACGGUCGAUGGCGAACAAUGGCAAUGACAUCAUGGAUCAUCUUCACGAUGCGGACGUUCUAUUCGAUGAUAAUUUCAAUGGUGGAACGAAGAAAAAGGGUAAAAUGUCACGACAAACGAAGAAAAAAAUGGAAAAGAAGAAAAAUAAGUCAAUGAAACGAUUGAAAUCACGGAAAUGA